UCCCGUGAGUUGACAAGCGUCUAUCGAGAAAGAAAAAGGCAACGCUGAUACCGUGUCGAACGGCAUGUAACAGUCAUCUAUAAUGUAUAUCAGCUAUAAAAUUAUCAGCCCAAUCAUAAACAGAAGGCGAAAAGCGAAAUUGCUUUUAAUUGUACAGUAGCGUUCACAUUAUCAUGUAAACAUAACACGGAGCAGUAGUAUACAGUUAUGUAUAUAUUGAAAUUGGAUAGUGGAAGUUGGACUUGGAGUAAAAUCUGUGCAUCUCCAUGUUUGUGCCAUUGAUUAUGGAAAAUACAUUUUAUAACUAAGUUUUAUUUAUUACCUUACUGUUGAUAGAUUCAGCAGCCAAGAAAGCCAAUAAUUGACUGAUGCGGCUAGUUACAUGUACCUGGAUUUUACAAUCUAAUAGAAUCGUGUUAUGCUAGAAUUUUGUUUAAAGUCCUGGACAAAUCGUUUGAAUUAUACCUUUGAAAAUACUGUACUACAUUCAAGUGUAAUUGUUUAAACUUUACGCUUAAUAGUAAGUAAACAUUUAUUUUUUUUAUUUUUUGAUAAAGCAUUUGUGGCUUCAUUUUAACAUAUAUUUUGUUAGAUUCAUGAAAGCAGUAAACUUUUGCAUUUAAUUAAUAAGAAAAUCUUUUUACAUUCCUCAAAUCUGACACUUGUUGUAAUACAUGUGCCGACGAUGGAAGACUCUAUUUCAUCCAGCUCCUACAGCUUUAGUGAUCAUUCAAUGGAGGAUGAUAUAAAUCCUGUGUGCACGUGCAAAUUGACAAAGGUGACCUACUCACAGGACCAAUCUUUCACGCACAUCUCAGAAAUGAAAAAGGCUAUUAUUUCAAAACAUCGUCAACUCGACCGGUCUCAGUCUGAACCAGUCCUGCGCUUAUCUGACAGGGACGACAACGAAAGUGCAGGACUUGAGCCAAACUGCGACCUCUUUGGUAUUCAACUAGAGGUUACAUUCCACCUGUUGGAGGCUGAAAAGAGGAAGUUAUAUGUUCUACAGAGGGAGCUAGGCAACCUUAAUUCCCAUCUCUAUGACAUACAGGGACAUAGAAAUUGCAAGAAACAUGCUCAAGUACAAGCUCUGGAAAAAAGUAUCAGCCACAUACAGCAGCAGUAUGAUCACCUGGAGGAGGAGUACAGGUGUGCUGUGGGCGGGGCUCUCAGGCGCAAAACCAAGUGCAAACCGACUCCUCGCAGCCAGCCGGCCAUUGGUCUAAAGCAGACAACAAAGGCUAGGCCUACAAUAUUUGGUACAAUUGCUGAACAAACAAUGAAGAAAGAAGAAAACAACAGAAUGAAGAACGUUGUUCCUCAGAUGCAGAGUCUGUCCCAGAUGUUUGACAAGGCAGGAGGAGGCUAUGAUUGCCAUGCGACAAACUGCAACGAAAAUGACGCACUGAUGUUCAAGGAUGGUAACCUGGUGGCUGGUUCCAAGGAAGCCCUGAUUCAGCAUCUGGUUCCCACAACAGAGUACAACCCUGAUAGGACGUAUGUUUUCACAUUUCUGCUGAGUUCGAGGUUGUUCAUCCGACCUCAUGAGCUGCUCGGUGAAGUGUGUCAGGUGUGUACAUUCCAACAGAACCUCACCAGUGACCACAUACAGAAACAGAAGCUGGGCAAGUUUGGACAGAAUGUCAUCCAACUUCUCAGUGAGUGGACUGAGAUGUUUCCGUACGAUUUCCGGGAUGAGAGGAUGAUGAAGCAGCUGAAGGAGAUAUCCCAGCGGGUACUGCGGGUGUACCCGGAACUGAGGCAGGACAUGGGCGGCAUCACCCACAACCUGCUCAAUAAGCUUGCUCAAUUGAACCGCUACGAGGAGGUGCUCUCGAAGCUGAAUGCCGAGGCCAUCAAGCGUUCACAGACCCAGAUCGCGCCAACCACAGACAUCAUGGAGGUGUGCCCCAGCCCCCUUAGGCUGGCAGAGCAGCUCACACACAUUGAACUGGAGCGUCUGAGUCAGAUAGGGCCGGAGGAGUUUGUGCAGGCGUUCUCUAAGGAGGAGACCUCCAAGACAGUGCCCGUGUACAGGGACAUGAAGAAGACUCACAAUCUUGAGGCAUACGUCCAGUGGUUCAACAGACUCAGUUACCUGGUCGCAUCAGAAAUUUGCUCACAUUUAAAAAAGAAAAACAGGGUUCGGCUUGUGGAGUAUUUUAUAGACGUUGCGAAAGAAUGCAUCAACAUCGGCAACUUUAAUUCCUUGAUGGCAAUCAUUGCAGGCAUGAACAUGAACCCCGUGUCACGACUGAAGAAGACUUGGGCAAAGGUUAACAAGACCAAGUUUGGUAUCCUGGAGCUGCAGAUGGACCCGUCCAACAACUUUGGCAGCUACCGCUCGUGCAUGAAGGCUGCCAUGUGGAGGGCGCAGGGUGCAACUGACGCAAGAGAAAAGAUUGUGAUCCCCUUCUUCAGUCUCUUUGUCAAGGACAUCUACUUCCUGAAUGAAGGCUGCCCCAACAGAUUUGAAAAUGGCAACAUAAAUUUUGAGAAAUUCUGGCAGAUGGCAAAGCACAUAUCUGACUUCGUAACUUGGCAGCAAGUGGAGUGUCCCUUUGCCAAGCACACCGAUGUUCUCCACUACGUUCUAACCUCUCCUGUCUUCUCAGAAACAACGUUGUCACUGGCAUCAUACGAGUGCGAGUCUCCAGAGAACAGUUACGACAAGGAGAGACACAAGAAACUCAAGGCUGAAGCUGGUUUAUGACCACUUCAUGUUGUGUUCAUUGGGUGCUAAAAUCAGGGUACAAACCAGGGACCAUGGGGGCUGUAUGAAAUUACUGUAAACUUUCACACUUUCAUCCAGUAAAUUGCCUUACACAUUGGUGGAUUUCAGUGGAUUGCAAUUGAAGCAGACAUUUUAGUUUACUGCAAUCCAAACUGGGAUAUUAUAGUGGAUUGCUACCCACACUGGGAGAUCAAUCUCGGACAUUUCAGUUGAUUGUGAUCCAAACUUGGACAUUUUAUUCAACUGUCACGCAAACUGGGACAGUUUAGUGGAGUGCAUUGUUAGCAUAGAUAUUUAAGCUCAUUUGUUUUCAUUAAUGAGGCAUAGUUAUUCUUCAUUUUGAAUAUGAAGACAUCAUUAAGGGACUCUAGCUUGAGCCACCAGGUGCUUUAAGAACUAAGUGCUCAUAAUUACUGGUAGAUUACAGGCAGAUUCAACCUGUAAUGAUUCAUGUUUGUUCUUAUUUGUUUUUAUUUCACUUGGUUGACCAUGGACCCAAACAUUUCAUUUCGGUUGUAUUCAUUUUUUUCUUAUCAUAUCACUUUUUUACAACGGCGAUAGGGUCUUGUUGUAUUUUAAUUGUCAUGGUUGGGGCCUAACAUUUAUGAACAGUGUAAUAUCUUCAUGAAAAUGGCAAAUGAAUUCUGGUCAGUGUUUGAAACCAAAGCUGUAUUUUUGGCAUAUUUUGUUAAGUAUAUUUUGUACAUAUGUUUGUUGGCUAUAUUUAUAUUGUUACAAUAUUUAUGUAUAUUCGGUCUUACAGUCGGACCAAUUUUUGUUUGUUCAGUAGUUUGCUAUUGAUUAUGUAUGAGAUUAGCAGAACUGCUUACUGUGCCAUUUUAUUUCUUGCAAAAAUAAAAUCUUUUAUGUCAUGUUAUUGUCAAUAGCAUGUAGAAUAUAGUCAAUUCAAGUAUCAAUGUAUGUUACAACUUACAUGUUAAUUUUCAAACUUUUUAUAAUAAAUUUUAAAAUAAACUUGAGAUAUGAACUAAAGAGUCUUAAAGUCUUGAAAUAUUUGGUAGACAUAAAAAUAAGACUCUUUGAUGACGGUGUUCUUUGAUUGGCUUAUUUGUUUCAAUGAAGACACGAUCAUUGAUGAAAUUUAAGACAAAAAACACAACAAUUCCAUUCAGAACUAAAAAAAACACAACAUCAACUUAUUUUGUGUUAAAAGUAUUAUUUCCAGAUCAUGAUUUGUGAGUUCUUUGCACUUUUUAAAAUGAAGAUAAAACAUGAAAA